AUGCGCGGCGGCGCCGUCUCCCCGGCUGCUCUCUCCGCGCUCAAACACCCUCUCUCGCGGUACCUUGGCCGACAUCUAUCUACCUCGUCUCGCGGUGCCGGAGUUCAGCUCGGACGUAGCAUUCGCGAGGCCAGCACCGUCGCACAUGCCGUCACCGCCAGCCAUUUCAGCCAUCACCACCAACUGUUCGAGCCGGGCGUCAUCCUCAAGGGAUACUCUGGCCGCGAGUACACGAUCGAGAAUGUUCUACAGGACCGCCAGGACCGCCAGGUCUACCUCGCCAGGGCCAACGAGAAGAUGUUCGUGCUGAAGAGUCUGUUCGAGAACGAGUACAACUAUGCGCUCCCGCUGCAGCUGAGAUUCAAUCACUCGCCGUACUUGCGGGCGCUUCGCGAUACCGUGCCGGACCAGAAGAUGUUCGUCAACGAGUACAUGACGGACCACCUGCUCAAUUUUGCCUUCAAAGACCUCUCGGUACCGGUGCAGAAGCGCGUGCUGCGGGACACGCUCCGCGGACUGGCCACGCUCCACGAUCAGAACAUCGCGCAUUUAGACAUCAAAGCCAACAAUAUCAUGGUUGACUACCGCGAUACUCCGGACGGCACUAUUGUGGACCGCGUGCAAUUAUCCGAUCUGGAGGACUCCACCCACAUCCCCCCCGGACAGGCCCUUCGCGGCCUCCAGGUCGGCAACCAAUUCUGGCGCAGCCCCGAGGCCCACGUCCAGGGCGCUGUCGGCAAGCCCUCUGACAUAUUCUCGCUGGCAAUAGUGUUCAUUUUCAUGCGCCUCAGGAUGGUCAUCUUCCGGGUCGACAGCGCGCCCGGUGCAGAUCUCACCAAGGCCAUCUUGGACCGGCAAAUCUCCACCUUCGCCGAGUGGAACGAUAUUGAGUCCUUCAUCGAGUACCUGGGUCGGAGCCACCCCAUGGUGGGCACGCUGCGUCGCAUGGCCGAUUCGUUUGGCGCGGAGAAGCCGCGCCGGCCGUUUUCGCUGUGGAAGAGCGACGCUCUCGACCCGGAUUUCAAGGACCUAAUUACCAAGAUGACCAAUUUCGACCCUCGGAAGAGGAUCACGGCGCAGGAAGCCCUAGAUCAUGUUUGGUUUCACGACGUCCCCGAGUUGUAA